GGAAAGUGCAAUAUUUUUUUAGUUUGUUGCGCCUUGUUUUAUUAAGGAAAAGAGUUCAUAUUCAAACCAAAUUACCAUUAUGGUUGUACUGUCUCCAUUCUCUCAUGUGUUAAGAAUUAGCGUUGUUGUCUUUUUCCUCAGCAUUCUUCAAUCAUCGGUCUCCAUACCAACAUGCGAUGUCACAGGAUGUGAUCCUGGCAGUUGCUGCAGUGACGAUGGAAGCUGUGUCACAACAGAAGGUAUCUCCUGUGAGAACUACGCUUGUGGUGGAGGAGAGGAAUGUUACCUUACAAACACUUGUCCUCCAGAAAGGAUGUGCAGACCUUUCCCGAACUGUUCCACGAUCUUAUGUAUCGAAGAAACUACCUGCAUUAACAAUGAGUGUAUCCCAAUAACAUGCAAAGAUACCACCUGCAAACCUGAAGAGGUUUGUUACAUAAAACCAGGCAAUAGUACGUACCCUACAACUGCUGCCUGCAGGCCUAGAAGAACCUGUGCUGAGGUCCGGUGUCCGAAGGGGACGAGAUGCUUGAACGGCGAGUGCGUCCCUUGUGAAGGUCAUAAUUGACGAGAGUGUAAAUGUGCCAAAACAUCCUGAAAAGUCUAUAAAUACAUAUCCUCAGCAAUGUUUUGUUUCAAUUAUUCAUUACGUUUCCAAUAAAUAACAAGUCCUCACGUCUA